GCGGGGCCUCCCCACCCCAACUGUGGCCUCACGGCGCGGGGAUGGGAGGCAGUUUUUGGGGGCUCCUGGCCCCGCUGCUCGGGGGGCUUUUGGGAGUCGCCGCCGCCGUCACCCCCGAGCCCCCCACCCACCUCCUGGCCGAGGUUCUCACCUGCCAACCGGACACCCCUUCCCUGGACCUUUCCCUCACCUUGGACGGGCAGCGACUCUACAGCUUCGACUUCCCGGGAUCCCGGUGGCUCCCGGCGCUCCCGGACCUGCCCCCGCUGCCCUCGGACCUGGAGACCCCCCCGGAGCUGCGCCUGGACGUGGAGCUGUGCCGGGGUGUCCUGGACGGGCUCGGCCGCUCGGCCGCCGGGGUCCUGCCCCAGGCCAGGGGAAUGCCAGUGGUCCAAGUGUUCCCGGCGCUGCCGCUGGCGCUGGGCGAGGCCAACACCCUGCUGUGCCUGGUGGAGAACGUCUUCCCGCCGGCCCUGGACGUCACCUGGACCCGGGGGGGUGUCCCCGUCACCCGGGGGGUCACCCAGGGGCCCUUCACCCCCACCCCAGAGCUCACCUUCUGGACCUUGUCCCGCCUGGAAGUGACCCCGGAGCGCGGGGACGUCUUCGCCUGCCUGGUGACCCCCCGGGGGGACAACGCCUCGGUGGUCACCUACUGGGUGCCCCCGGAGCCUCCGGAGGUGCCGGAGCUGCCGAUGGUGCUUUGUGGGGCCGCGAUGGCGCUCGGGGGGGUCCUGGGGCUCCUGGGGCUCUCCCUGCUCCUGCUGUCCCGGACGGAUCCCCAAGGUUGAGCAGAGGACGGAGAAGCUCCACGUGGGAAUCUGGGAGGGGGACGAAGAACUGGAAUGUUCCCGACCCCCAAUUCCCAUCAUCCCAAAUAAACUCUCCCCUUGGUUACGGCUGA